CUGUGAGGAGCUCUGAGGAGCCUGUGACUGACCGGCGGCGCUGUGAGACGGCGGACCUCACUCAAACAACCGCUUUGACCGUUGUUCUCGGGACGAAAGAAAAACGUGUCCGGUGUUUUUUCGGGAGGAAAAAAAAACCGCACCGAGCUACUUCACUCCACAGCCGAGACGAGCCCAUCAUCACCAUGGGUGUCCUCGCGCAGCGGACGUUUCGCUUUCGCGCCUUUUUCGCGGCUGGUUAACCGUUAAGAAAAACAGUGUUUUGGUGGACGGUCACGGUGGGCAGCUGGUGGACACAUUUCUUGGCCAGGGACGGGCACGUCCCUUUGGAAAAUGCCCGGCAGGAACAGGUACAACCUUGUGGACGAUGUGGCGGACUCCAGGGUGCCACUUCAUAACGACGAGGCUUUUCAGCACGGAAUACAUUUCCAAGCCAAGUAUGUUGGUAGUCUGGAUGUCCCAAGACCUAACAGUCGUAUGGAGAUUGUUGCUGCUAUGAGGAGAAUCAGAUAUGAGUUCAAAGCAAAGAACAUUAAGAAAAAGAAAGUGAGCAUGGUGGUCUCGGUGGAUGGAGUAAAAGUAGUACUGCGCAAGAAACAGAAGAGAAAAGAAUGGACAUGGGAUGAAAGUAAAAUGCUGGUGAUGCAUGAUCCCAUAUACAGGAUUUUCUAUGUGUCCCAUGACUCUCAGGAUCUUAAGAUUUUCAGCUACAUUGCCAGAGACGGAUCCAGUAACACUUUCAGAUGCAACGUCUUCAAGUCCAAAAAGAAGAGCCAGGCUAUGCGUAUAGUGAGGACGGUGGGACAGGCCUUUGAAGUGUGCCAUAAGCUGAGUCUGCAGCAUGCUGAACAGAAUGGGGAUGGACAGCUGGACAGCCCUGCAGAUGGAGAGAGCGAUAAGUCUGCAGAGGAACCCACUAAUGAAGGCCAUCAGCUGACUGGAGCUGAACGGGAUGAAGUCAAAGAUGUGGGGGCAGAGUCUCAGUCGGCUAGUGUGUGUGAGCGUGCUAUGAACGAAAUCCUUCAAAGCCUAUCAGAUCUCAACAUGGUCAAGCCAGGACAAACCCUCCAGGACUUGGAGGGUGUGUCUCUCUACACUCUGUCUCCCAGCAGCCCUUGCUCACCAUCUCUCACGCCAUUGGCCACCCACCACCACCUGCAGUUGCUACAGCAGCAGUUACUACAGCAGCAACAGCAAGCACAGGUUGCUGUGGCACAGGUGCAGCUCCUGAAAGACCAAAUGGCGGCAGAGACUGCUGCAAGGAUGGAGGCUCAGGCCAGGACCCACCAACUGCUGCUGCAGAAUCGAGACCUACUGCAACACAUCGCACUGUUGGUCAAACACGUUAGUGAGCUCGAGUCCAGAGUUAACGGAACCACACAGUAUGAAGAGUCACCAUGGAGAGGUGUUUCUGCCUGCUCUCUCUCACUCAAUCUGAAGAACCGCUACACGCCCAGCUCAGACCAGCCCAUGACCUCCACGCCAGCGGGAGAGACAGACAACUGUCUCCCGAUCACCCAUACAGCGGACUGUGAGUCCUACCUCAACCUGCUCAAACUGGGCAGACCCGCCACAGCCAAUGGCAAGCCAGCGGAUGCAGGAAGUGAGCAGGGAUUGGACAGCGCAAGGAGUGACAUCACUAGGAUGAAUUCAUCCACACUGGACAAACGGUUCAAGCAAAUCAUUCCUAAGCUAGACCCACCCCCUCCGCCAAUCAACAGAAAGCGACCAAAUAGAACUUUUUCCCCAGGCUCGGAGGCCAACGGCUCCUCCUUCCCCGACAUCACUUCCUGUACCAUUUCCCCCGGCGACUUCUACUCCCUCAGCAAUGGUGGGAGCGCCUCAUGUUCGGUCAGUGAGGAUUCUGGUGUCCGCUCUGACAACAAGUCCCUCACGUCCCCGCAGCCUGGAGAGGACCCAUUUGAGGACCGCAGCUCUGCCCUCCUGUCAACCUCCAGUACCUGCAGCAGUUUACCAGAAGACCGCCCCUUCACUGGUACUCCGCCCCACCUGACCACGCCUAACAGCUUUGAGCACACGCUUCCGUUUUCUUCACCUGUUAACGAGACCUGCCUUCACAUCAGCCUGAGUGAGGAUGAGCUGCUGGAGGACAGCAUUUGUAACCCCUCUAUGCCACUUGGGAGUUAGGAGGUUGGGUUAAUAGGACCUAAGUAGAGCCCCUGACUUUACUGUGGCCUAGCUGUGGUCUAUGAGUUGGGGAACUAUGACCAUCACACUGAAGAAGAAGGGACUACUACUGCUUCUCUAAGCACUAUUUGAGCUGAGUUUUACCAGAGGAGGUUUUGUGAUGUAAUCAAGAAGGGAUUUUAUUGGUCCUAUGGGAUAAAGUGUCUGUGUAAUGUCCCUAAAUUACUACAGAAAGCCCAGAUAGAAACAUAGCCUGGACGUGUACGUGAGGAUUUUGCAACAAGAUCCACAUCUAAUAACAAUAAUAUUAUGCACAGAUACGCCUCUUAGCAAGUUUGUUUUUAUAUUUCCAAAAGGGUAAUUUAAGCAUGAUGGCUUUUACUGAGAGGGUUCCAGGUUCUGAGAAUUACAGAAGGUCAUUCAUGCCAAGCUGGAAAGAUACAUACUGGGUUAAAAUCAUGCAUUUUGACGGUAAUCUCUUAAAUUAUAGUACAUCCCCAGGUAAAACAAAUCCAGCUCAAACAGAGCUUAAGACUCUCAAAGUGGAGUAAUUUUUACACACUGUGUUAUAGUUCCAAAAUGGCUAAAUCAAUACGACUGUCAAUUCUUCCCUGCCUUUAUUAAUGACUCUAAUCUUAAUGCUUAUGUCCCUGUAAGACAGAAGCACCCAUUGUCUGCAAUAUCCUUAAACAUUUUUCAUGUGCAAAUUCAAUGGAGAAAGAAUUAAUGACACUGUGUGGGGUACUGUGGGCUGGAUAGAUAGAAAUAUUUUUUUAGAAAGAAAAUGGGUAGAUGUUAUUUUUAGACUGUAAUACGUAUACCUACAUAGACUGCAGUGCCAAUCAUUUAGGAAAAGAAAGAGUAUAGAGUUAUAUUGGAAAAUAGAUGUUUACUAGCUGCUACAUUAUUGUUUUGAGUAGUUCACAUGCACCCUGUGAGGUGUUUUUGUGCUCCAAUGCUUGCCAAACUGGAAGCAUAACUGGAAUGAAAAUGGUUGUGUUUUGAGAGGAAAGGUAUACUCUCCUUUCCUCUAUAGAAAAUAACAAGCAAACAGUCCUGGGAAUAGCUGGAAAGAGUAAUGCAAAAGCUUAUCAAAAAUAUAUGCAGAAAUGUGCAGCAAGGCUGAAUGUGGAGAUGGAAGAGGAGGCUUAAUCAGGAAUUCAUAAGCAGCGCAAAUUGGCACUUGUUUGGUUUGGUUCAAAGAAAGAAAGGAUGAGGACUCAUACAAGGCACCAUGAAUGAAAGCAUAAUUGGGAGCUGAAGAGGUGUGGUAAUGACUGAAUUUGGUUUAUACAUCGCACAAUGGCAAAUUUCCUUGAUGACACCUCUGCGAUGUCAUCAUUAGGGAGAACGUAAGGCAGGAUCAUUAUCACAUCUUUCUUCCUGAGGGAGGGAGGGGUAGAGAGAGAGAGAGAAUCGGAGGGUGAGGUGAAUUGAUUUACAGGAACCUUCACAAGCUGCUACUUCCUGUAAACAUCAAGCUUCUCGAUCUCGUGUCAAUUGCUUCUCAAUUCUCAGUUCCCCCUUCAGCAGAAACGCUGGUUAAACCGCCAAACUCUUCUAACAACACUCCACCUGCUUCUAAUGGUUCUGUGCAAGCAUAUCAAACAAACAAAGAAAGUGAAAUCAAUUGAGAACCACUGUCGAUUCCCCUGUCAUAAUAUUGAUACAGCUAACAUUGUGGCGCUCUAUUGCAACACACAUAAAAUGACCGGAGAUGCACACUUUUGCUGCUGAACAAGACUCUGGGGUUUUCCUUCGCAUAGAAGAUGUGGCACUUUUACAUUUUGAUUAAAUGAGGUGCACUGUACCGCUGUUACUGUGUGGG